CGAGAGACAGAACAGAAGAGAGCUGUCAAGCUGCGAGGAGGCAGCGGAGAGACGACUUAGUUUUUUCUUGGAAUACAUUUUCCCUUCAUCUCUGAAGCCCACACACACACUCAGAAAAUAUAAACACACAAACACACAGAUGGUAAAGUGUGUGUGUGAGUGCUGCUGUUAGGAGCGGUGAAUUAUUUUCAGGAUCUGGACUUACUCAAGCAUGACUCAAGACUGUUUGGAUUCAGCAUCUCUGUGACUUGGACUUGUGUUUUUAACAGUGCAACACUUCGGACUAAGAGCGUGCAUCCCUGUGUGUGUGAGUGUGUGUUUGGAUUCAGCACUUCACUUGAAUGCAACACUGAGAUCUUGACACUUUGUUAGUUGCCUGACUUUGUGAGAUUGGGCUCACACUUGGACUCAGUGUGCGUUUGUGUGUGAGAGGAGGAUGAUGUGUUGGCCGGUGACAGCCAUCCUGCUUGCCCACCUCGGGGCUACCUUAACGGGGGCGUGGAGAGCAUCUCAACCAAGACUGCAGUUCACACACUCUGAGCUGAUCCAGAAUGGCCGCCUGCUGACGUUGCCCCUGGUGGCCGGUGACCUGCAGUCCCUGCUGCCUGAUGAAGACGGGAGGCGCCUGUACGUGGCCAUGAAAGAUAACCUGCUGUCUACCAGUCUGGACGACAUAACGCAGAACCCACGCAAGCUGUACUGGCCAGCCAGUCCGGACCGUGUCCAAGAAUGUCUCAUGGCUGGGAAGGAUCCAGAGUUGGAGUGUGCUAACUUCCUGAGAGUUCUGCAGCCUUUUAAUCAGACUCACCUGUACGUUUGUGGCACUGGAGCCUUCAACCCCCGCUGUGCUUUCAUAGCUACCAGCAUCUUCCAACAGUCAGAGCACCAGACUCUCUCCUACAGCCAGACAGAGUGUGGAAAAGGGAAAUGUCCCUACGAUCCGUUCCAGAAAACAGCCUCCGCCGUCGUUGAUGGAGAGCUGUAUGCUGGGAUCACCUCAGAUUUCAUGAGCCGGGACUCUGCCUUCUUCCGUAGUCUCGGGAGCCGUCACGUCAUCCGAACUGAACAGUACGACUCCACCUGGCUACAGGAUGCCCAGUUUGUGCGGGUAGCGCCGCUGUCUGAAACUGAUAACCCAGAAGAUGAUAAGGUCUACGUGUUCUUCACUGAGCGCGCUCAGGAGGCAGAAGGGGCCGCUGGGAAGGUGCUCUACUCCAGAGUGGCACGGGUUUGCAAGAAUGACAUCGGAGGCCAGAGGAGUUUAGUCAAUAAGUGGAGCACCUUCCAGAAGGCCCGUAUGGUGUGCUCAGUCCCAGGACCAGACGGCCUACAGACACACUUUGACCAGCUGCAAGACAUCUUUAUCCUCCAGGGGAAAGACAAGAAGAACCCUCUCAUCUACGGCCUGUUUACCACCUCCAGUGACAUCCUGAAUGGUUCAGCAGUGUGCGUUUAUCGAAUGGAGGACGUGGUUCGGGCUUUCAAGGGAAACUUUCUUCACAAGGAGGGACCUCAGUACAAGUGGGCAGAGUUUACAGGCAAGGUGCCCUACCCACGGCCAGGGACUUGUCCCAGCAGCACGUAUGGAAGUUACAGCUCGACCAGAGAGUAUCCAGACGACGUCAUCUUCUUCAGCAGGACUCACCCGCUGCUGCAGGAAAAUGUGCUGCCACUGGGAGAGCGCCCCCUCCUGGUCAGAGUGGGUGUCCACUACAAAUUCAGCAAACUGCUGGUGGAUAGAGUCGAGGCCGUGGACGGCACCUACGAUGUCCUGUUCAUCGGCACAGACUCGGGCCUCGUGCUGAAGGCCAUCCAUCUGCACAGAGAACACGGUCAGAGUCAGGAGGUAACUCUGGAACAGCUGCAGGUCUUUCAGCACAAAUCACCAGUGACAGCCAUGGCACUCUCAAAGAAAAAGCAGUGGUUAUUUGUGGGCUCCAAGGAGGGUGUGUCCCAGCUGGCUCUGUACCAGUGUGAGCUGUACGGUCAGGCCUGUGCUGAGUGCUGCCUGGCCAGAGAUCCCUACUGCACCUGGGAUGGACACGCCUGCAGCCCCUACAUGCCCACAGUGCGCAGGAGGAAUGCUCGUCACUUAGGGGAAGAUGAGGAUCCACUAACUCAGUGUGUCAGACAGGGAGCCGGGCUGCAGGUGGAGGCGGAGCAGAGGAUGAUGGUGGUUGCUGAGGGAAACAGCACCUACCUGGAGUGUCUUCCCCGAUCCAGACAUGCUGCUGUUACCUGGUACAAACAGGCUGGAGAGAACAGUCCUGAACUAAACCAGGUGGUCACAGGUGACCAGCUGGUGGUGAUAGAGCGGGGCGUCCUGAUUCGUCAAGCGGAGCUGUCUCACGGCGGUGUCUACCACUGCCAGGUGGAAGAGCAUGGCUACCACUGGACCGCCGUCACUGUCCGCCUCACCGUCUGGAGCCCCUCGGCCAAUCGCCUCCUCGCUUCCUGGUCCGCCUCAUCUUACCAGAGCGCAGGGACCCAGCCCUGGUACGAGGACGUGAUGGCGCUGAUUCAUCCUGGAAACAUCGGCCAGCACUGCCGGGCACUAGGAUACCGACCCCCACGCAACCACCGUCGCCACGGUGACAUCAUGUUGGCCCCGAUCAAGGAGAAAGAGAGGGCGGAGAGGCACAAGCAUGGGGGAGGAAGAGGAGGAGGUGGAGGAGGAGGAGGGGGAGGAAGAGCAGCGGGGAGGAAGAGCAGGAGCAAGCUGCAGCAGAGGGCACCGAGGAGCGCUUGAAUGUGUCGCGGAAAAGGAGGGCGUAUUUUCAGUGACUUAAACACACACACACACACACACACAUUUAUGUUAACGUCCACACUAAGACACACACAUGUACACCCACACACACACUUAACUUAUACACUGAGACACACACAUACUGUAUGAGACUAUGACAUGCGCAUGCACUUAUCUACAAACAAAAGAGGCAUCCUUUCAUUAUAGUGACGAACUUUCAAACUAAGCUACACAAAAACAAACUGAAGUAUGUACAGAAGGAUGUGAACAACAAAGACUGUUGCAUCGUGACAAAAGACUUGUGAAUAAAAAAAAAGUAGAAUAGCAUAGGCUGCGUAGCAUGUCGAAUGAAGGAUGAACGGCACGUUCAGAUCACUCAGUUUAACUGACUCUGUGCCGUGAGGAGGACAUGGGAGAGGAUGUUUAAGAUCUGGAGCCUCCACAGAGAAAUUUUUUUUUUUAGAUAUUCAGCAUUUAAAAAAUCAUCCAACCCCUCUUAAAUUAGCGCUGCCUUAAAAGACCAUACUGGUCAUACAUGCUUUGCAUGUUUUUGCCCAUUGAUUAUAAAUGACAUACACACUGCCAAUUAUUUUCCAAAGCAGAACAGAUGUGUUUAGAUUGAUUUUGUAUCUUCCAGGCAGACGCUGCUUUCUAUUAAAGUCAGUACGCUUUGAAAGCAUCUGACACAAACAUGCAGAAUGCCCAAGAUUUCAAAGGUUUUUUGAUGCAAGCAGCAUUUUCCAAACUUUACAAUGUGUUGAGUUCAGAUUUCAAGGACACUCCAUCCUUGGCCGUCCUUCAUAGAAUUGGGGGUCAGAUGCUCGAAAGAUUUGGUCAACAGGCUCUUGUCUGAAAAUGGGAGCAAGAGGACAAACAAACAUACAUGUGGCGAAAAGGAUUUGGCUGCUCUUCACUCAAACGUCUGAGCAUCCUUGAACACAUCAGUAGAGACAGUUCUUACAACUGUUUGCUGUUAGCCUAACAACAGCUAAACUUAGACAAAAAAGAGACGGUACAAGAAAAGUGUCCAAAUAUUCUCUGUGAUGUGGGCAUUUGUUUGGAAAUUAAUGAGCAGUUAUAGCGAGGGCUUUAAGCAGGUAAUUACUUGGCAGUAAAUAGCACUGUUGAGCAUCUUUUCCUGGAUGUUCACCAACAGUUCACCUACAGUGAGAGUUUGGCUGGUUUCUUCAGAUAGGUGGGGUCUGACCGCGAGAUGACGGACUGUGACCAUAAAGAUGAAAGGCCGAAAAAAAAGCAGGACGACUGCUUUGAUGAGGUUACAGAUCUGCUUUCCCAGGACGUUGCAGCCGUACAGACACACUGCAGGAGAUGUUUCCAUUAUGUUCCCCUCAAGGUUCAGAGAUCCUACGCAUAUAUCGGGCACUGCCACGCAGCAGAGAGCUUAGUGUAGGUGUGGGAAAAAGUGAGCAGAGAUGAAGACGGUGGAUCUGGUGUGUUUUAUAACAUCAGGAAAAAUCCUAUUCUUAGUGUUGGUUUAGUUUGUCUGGAAUCCCACGAGGACAGUGUACAGAUUUAGGAAAGAUGUUUAGUGUGACGUAGGACAAAAGUAACAUCUGCACAUCAACUCCAGUUUGCUGACAAAUCUACACAUUUUUCUUUCCUUUGUAAGUUGCUGGGAAAAGAACAGUUUAGCUGCUAUUAGACGAGGCACAAUGAAGCCUCUCAUGUAAGUCAAAAAAUGUUCCUCCUGACAUUCAUGAUUGAAUCUGUUUUAAAUGGUUUUAAUGGGUCUAAAGCAUCAUAACCAGAGUCACUGCUACCAGACAUUUUUGGCAAAAGAGGGGUAUUUUAAUUGCUAGCUUCCAAAAUCAUAUUUCUAGCACGUAGAUACUGAAACUGUUUUUAUUGUAACUUUGGUGAGGUCAGUUAACUCAGCAUACUGAGCUGUGUAGAAUAUCAAGAUGCUUUUAGAAAGAUUUUUUCAGUAGUGUUUGAUAUGACAUGGACAAGAAAACACGUUUCGAAGAGGACCGACGCAUGAACUGAACUUCCAAAAGACUCUGUACAGAAUAUGCAUGUUUUCAACCUAUGGCUCAGGACCCAACGUGGGCCAUCAGUGACUUUGAGUGUGUUCCAGCUCAACUAAAAAAGUAAUAUAUUGCUGGUCCUGUAGCUCCAGCUGCUAAUGACAUCUGGCUGUAAAUCAUGAAGCAGGCCCGAUGUAUUAUAAUGAAGCCCUUAUUAUACGAAGUUGGAACUUGAGAAAGUGCUAAACAGGACUGGCGUCAAACGGACUCUGGCGUGUGGGAUUUGAUCGACUUAAGGGACUUUACAAGGCAGUAAAUUGUGAUUUGUUCUUAAUGUUAAAAUGUUAAACCAACACAACUUUGUUCCACCUCUAUUUAACUUUCUUCUUAGUGGUAUUUAUUUCUGUAGUCUGGAGUGAAACUGCUUGUGUCAGAAGUUGAGGUCAGAUUUUUGGGGGAAUACAUCAAGCUCCCAAAUCGAUCAGUUCAACCACAAUGUCUCACAAACUGGACGCUCAUUCCACAUUUGUGUUGGUCUGUCUUUGUGUGUAUUUAUGCCUGUACAGUAUGUUUGUGUGCCCGCAAGUCUGCACAGUAUUCUUUUUUCUUUUAUAACAUUUGUAAUUGUUGCCAUCUGCUUCUGUUGAUGCACAUUCCCACUCCUACUUGUGGAAAUAAAGAGGCGUAGUCCCUCCCCUUCCGGUGGCCCACCAUUGAAUCGUGUUUCGGGAAAAAAAUAUAAGACGAGAGACGAAAAACCUUUUGUUUCCCGUUUGAAUUGUGCCAUGAUUUUGUCAAAUUAAAAGAUGAUUUUGCAACUCAAGAAAGCUGCAAAUUGUUGUAAGACUCUAAUUUGAAAGACAACCCACAUCGCAUUAGUGAUGUCAUAGCUUUCUCUCUCACUGAAGCUACAAAGCCUGUGCAUUUCGAAUGAAAAUAUACUCAGAUGAGCAACAGGCCUCGCUUGUGUUUUGCUACCAAGCUAAUAAAAAGACCAGGAGUCACUGGAUUAAACACAUCAGGUGGGAUGAAUUUACAUCUGUGCGUGGAACAGAGCUAUGGUACCUAGCUAGCUGGUGUAGGUGACGUAUAUCGUGCAAGACGAAAGACGUAGUUCCCUGAGCGGUUUCACACAAAACAAAAUGGUACUAUGAAAAACCUACAACGAACUCUGUUGUGAAAUUAUUUUUUUAAAUUGAUUAACAUAUGUGUAACUCAUGGCACCAUUUCAAUGGGAUCAAAAAGUUAAUGGUUAUAUUUUUGAGAAUCUGGCUCAUCCCACACAUCAUUUAAAAGUAAAAACUGCUUCGGCUCAAGGCAGCAGGAACUAAAAUCUGUAGUUCACAGAAAAAAUGGAGUGGGAGAAGCAGGAAGCCAGACAGACUCACUAAAUUAAAACUUAGCUUUAUUUUGUAUGGUUUACUGGGAGAUGAUGCAUUUACAUGCAUGGUUUAGUUCAAUAAUAACAGCCUCUGGUCUUUUCAUAUAUUUAAUUUCAUCCCGCAAUGAUGAUGCUGAGCAUGCAAGUCUGCCUACAGUCUAUUAGAGUAAAUAUAUCCAUGCUGGGUCCUGCAGGUUUCCAGUCCCUUUGCACUGCUAGUUUUGUGUGUGUCUGUGAGUGAGUGAGUGAGUGAGUGUGUGUGUGUGUGUGUGUGUGUGUGUGUGCUUGUACAGUUUGCAUCUGUGUGUUUGACAUGAGUGGGAUCAGAGCGAGAGGCCAAGCCAGUAAAUCUACCAAACAGGGAGCUCAGCAACGGAUCGGAGACACUUUUGAUGCUGCAAGAAAAAUAAACCAGACCGACUCGGAGCAGAGAGAGCCUGCAGAAGAUUAACAUGGGCUUGGCUCCUCGGCUUUGGCCACAUUAAAGAGUGAACCCGCACUGAGCUACGUUUGAAUGUGUGUGUUUGAGUAAAGAGAGAGAGAGAGCGAGUUUAUAUGGGAGUGUGUUUGUUUGAGUCACUGUUGAAUGUUGUGUACAAGUGUCAGGUAUAGCCAUUUCUCAGAAAUGUGAAGCUGGCAGUAUGCUCCAAGUGAAAUCAGGGUUUGGUGUGUUCUCAGUCUGCUGUCAAAUGUAACGUUCAGGGUACGACAAGUAAAAAUAGUUAUGCUGUGAGCAGUUGCAAACAUCUUAUGAAACGUAGCCACUAACAUAGGCUACUGUUUGUAAGUCUUGUGGGGGCCGUUGAAUGCUAACAGUAUAAUAAUUGGUGUAUUUUUGUUGUUGUAUCUUUUUCCUCAAAGUAUUAAGCAUACACCAAAAACAUGAAAGUAUAGAGAAUCAAAGUUUCUAGCUAACGGCUGCACAUGAGCUAGCGCCUCAAACUCAAUGAAUUUCUAAAUGGAGGCCUUUCUAAAGAACAUGGUACUGGCGUUUUUUGUUCUAGAUAUAUGGCUGUCAUUUAGUGUAAUAAAAUGUUAACACCUUUAUACUUUAGGCAAGAUAAAAUGUCAGUACAGUACGGAAGCUGCUAACUGUUAAUGCCAACAAAAUAAUCAUUGUUAUAUAUUAGUCUAAAUGGUAUACUCUACCAACCAGUUCAGUUGAAAAUACAGUAGCUUCAAGGAAUACUUCUACAUUUUGGGAAAUCUGUUGCUUUCUUGCUGAGUUUAGCUACCGCCAUUAGCUGGUUAGCUUAGCUUGGCACCAAGACUGAAAAUGGGGGAAGCUCGUCAAACAUUUAAAAAUGGACAUGAAACCUCAGGGACAUUUAAUUCCUCAGAGAGACGGAUAAAAGAAACAUCUCACUAUUAUAUUACAGAUGCUAACGACAACGGCUAGCAAGGAAAAGCAGAGGGAUUUUGGCUCUCUAUAUGCGCUCACAUGACUGUCGACCAGCUUUCAGGCACCAUCAUGUUGGCAAAUUAAAAAAGCAGGCUGUGCAGAAAUGUUAACACGUUCUGCGAGCCAGGACACACACCCUCAGGCAAACAAAGCCAAAUGUGACGCUUGUUUUCAGGCUCGUAGCCUCCAUUUUUCUCGAGAGAAGACACAAACUUUGAUUUCACUUUGAGCAUGCUGCCAGUGUAAGAGUUUCUGUUUUGUCUCUACUCUCAUUUAAGUAUGCAUCAAUUCCAACAACCUAAAAAAUAUGAAAAUAAUAAAGCUUGUAUGGUCUCUGGCUUGUGGAUGUAGUGUGUAUAUGAGUGUGUAAUGUGUGUAUAUUUGUGUCAGAUCCAGAUCCAGGACACCACACGAGUAGGAGGCGAAACUCCUACGAGACAUUUUUAUGGCGGACGGUUUUAAACAUUUAGUGUUUCCUCCUCAAAGACGUUGGUGCAGAGCUGCUCCUCGUUCAUUACAACGGCCUCUUGUGUUUCACUCUGUUUUGCUGUGUUUACAUCUCAGUGUCAAUAUUCGUCUCUCGUGAUUUUUCCAGAACGAUUUCUUUGCAGACGGAAUGAUCUGUCUUCAACUGAUCUCUCAUGUGCGGAGACUUUGUUUUUCUUUUUGUAAAUAUGUAUAAAGGUCUGCUUUCAAAUGA